GGCGGGGGGUGCGGGGGGACAAGCUGGCGGAGACUCGGGCGAUGGGCUGAUCUGGGGGCUCCAGAGCGCCGCUCCCUCCCUGCACGAUUUUGGGGCAGCUGAUGGAUUUACAUUCAGAUUCCUGCCUGGCGUUUCGUAUAUUACCUCCUAGUACCCAACCGGCGCUCCCAGUUUAGGUGCAGACGUUGUCGCCCCCUUCCUGUCUCUUUGCCGCCCCUCCCCACCCUAUUAUCUUAUCUACACACCAUCCACCCCCAUCUAGCCAAAGGGUCAAGAACGGAGACACCAGAGGAGCAAGGGCUAGUCCCAUCUUCCUAGGAUCCAGGAGGCCUCUGGCAGGGAUUGAGCUGUGACAACCUUAUUGAAAGCUAGAAGGAGCAAAAAAAAAAAAAAAAAAGGGACCCAGUCAGGGUUCUCGGGGACCUCGAAGCUUGCCUCUGAAUUGAAAGCACAGAGAUUUUAAAUCAAAGAACCAAGUCCCGGGACUCUCACGCUGCCUGCUUGCCAUCCGGGGCAUAUGGAUCUGUGGUAGUGAGCUCCCUGUCACUGGCAUUGCCGCGCUAGGUGAGCGCCGGGCUCUCCCAUUGGUAUGCGGCGACCAUUUCUCUGCAAGUCUCAAAGGUGGGAAACACUUAAAAGGAUUACAGGCGAGAUUUGGUGGCCUUUCUGAAAGUUGGUGGCUGGAGCAGGAGAAAAAUGCAGGCUUACGACACAAUGGAUACAAUUCAGCCUCCCAGAGAGUUUGCACAUCCUGUUGGGAAGCCCCUCGGAGCAAACCUCGGAGAUCGUGAUCACUCUGCACCAUAGUUUUGUAAUCAACCAGGAACGAAUGAUGAAAUCUUCCAUAACUGAGAUGCUUCACAGAGGGAGGAUGCUGUGGAUAAUUCUUCUAAGCACAAUUGCUCUGGGAUGGACUACCCCGAUUCCCCUGAUAGAGGAUUCAGAGGAAAUAGAUGAACCCUGUUUUGAUCCAUGCUACUGUGAAGUUAAAGAAAGCCUCUUUCACAUACAUUGUGACAGUAAAGGAUUUACAAACAUAAGUCAGAUUACUGAGUUCUGGUCAAGGCCUUUUAAACUGUAUUUGCAGAGAAAUUCAAUGAGAAAAUUGUAUACCAACAGUUUUCUUCAUUUGAAUAAUGCUGUGUCCAUUAACCUUGGAAACAAUGCAUUGCAGGACAUUCAAACAGGCGCUUUCAAUGGUCUUAAAAUCUUAAAGAGGCUAUAUCUGCAUGAGAACAAACUAGAAGUCUUUAGAAAUGAUACCUUCCUUGGAUUGGAAAGCCUGGAAUACCUUCAGGCAGAUUACAAUGUCAUUAAACGUAUUGAAAGUGGGGCAUUUCGGAAUCUAAGUAAAUUGAGGGUUCUGAUUUUAAAUGAUAAUCUAAUUCCUAUGCUUCCAACCAAUUUAUUUAAAGCUGUCUCCUUAACCCAUUUGGACCUACGUGGCAACAGGUUAAAGGUACUUUUUUACCGAGGAAUGCUAGACCACAUUGGCAGAAAUCUGAUGGAGCUCCAACUUGAAGAAAAUCCCUGGAACUGUACAUGUGAGAUUGUGCAACUGAAGAGUUGGCUGGAGCGCAUUCCUUAUACUGCCCUGGUCGGAGACAUCACCUGCGAAACCCCUUUCCAUUUCCAUGGAAAGGACCUGCGAGAAAUCAGGAAGACUGAGCUCUGUCCAUUAUUGUCUGACUCAGAGGUAGAGGCUAGUUUGGGUGUUCCCCACUUGUCUUCAAGCAAGGAGAAUGUGUGGCCAACGAAGCCUUCUUCAAUGUUGUCUUCUGUCCACUUUACUGCUUCUUCUGUUGAAUACAAGUCCUCAAAUAAACAGCCUAAGCCCACCAAACAGCCCCGAACACCAAGGCCAUCCUCCACAUCCCAAGCUUUCUACCCUGGUCCAAACCAGCCUCCCAUCGCUCCUUACCAGACCAGACCACCCAUUCCCAUUAUAUGCCCUACUGGGUGUACCUGUAAUUUGCACAUCAAUGACCUUGGCCUGACUGUCAACUGCAAAGAACGAGGAUUUAAUAAUAUUUCUGAGCUUCUCCCAAGGCCGUUAAAUGCCAAGAAACUGUACCUGAGUAGCAAUUUGAUUCAGAAAAUAUACCGCUCCGAUUUUUGGAAUUUCUCUUCCUUGGAUCUUUUGCAUUUGGGAAACAAUCGUAUCUCUUAUGUCCAGGAUGGCGCCUUCAUCAACCUGCCCAACCUAAAGAGCCUCUUCCUCAAUGGCAAUGACAUAGAGAAACUGACACCAGGUAUGUUCCGAGGCCUACAGAGCUUGCACUACCUGUAUUUCGAGUUCAAUGUUAUCCGGGAAAUCCAGCCUGCAGCCUUUAGCCUCAUGCCCAACUUGAAACUACUAUUCCUCAACAACAACUUGCUGAGGACCUUGCCAACAGAUGCCUUUGCUGGCACUUCCCUGGCCCGGCUCAACCUGAGGAAGAACUACUUCCUUUACCUUCCUGUGGCUGGUGUUCUCGAGCACUUGAAUGCUAUUGUACAAAUAGACCUCAAUGAAAAUCCUUGGGACUGUACAUGUGACCUGGUCCCCUUUAAACAGUGGAUCGAAACUAUUAGCUCAGUGAGUGUGGUUGGUGAUGUGCUUUGCAGGAGCCCUGAGAACCUCACCCACCGCGAUGUGCGCACCAUUGAGAUGGAAGUUCUUUGUCCAGAGAUGCUGCAUGUCUUACCCCCUGGAGUAUCCCCUGCCCAGCCUGGAGAUUCUCACAUCGUUGGAGGGCCAACAAGUGUAUCACCUUAUGAGCUCUCUCCCUCUGGGGGCCCUGUUCCACUUUCUGUCCUGAUUCUUAGCUUGCUAGUUCUGUUUUUUUCAGCAGUCUUUGUUGCCGCAGGUCUCUUUGCCUACGUUCUUCGACGCCGCCGAAAGAAGCUGCCCUUUAGAAGCAAGCGGCAGGAAGGUGUGGACCUUACAGGCAUUCAGAUGCAAUGUCAUCGACUUUUUGAGGAUGGUGGAGGCGGUGGAGGUGGAAACGGUGGUGGGGUUCGAGCAACUCUUUCCUCUCCAGAGAAAGCCCCUCCUGUGGGGCAUGUGUAUGAAUACAUCCCGCACCCAGUUACCCAGAUGUGUAAUAACCCCAUCUACAAGCCUCGCGAGGAGGAAGAGGUAGCUGUUUCAUCCGUCCAGGAGGCAGGGAGUACAGAAUGCGGGGGUCCUGGGAUUCAACCGCCAGGAAUAGGUGAGGUUCUCCUCGGAAGUGAGCAGUUUACUGAGACACCCAAAGAGAACCACAGCAAUUACCGGACCUUGCUGGAAAAAGAAAAGGAGUGGACCCUGGCAGUGUCCAGCUCCCAGCUAAACACCAUAGUGACGGUAAAUCAUCAUCACCCUCACCACCCAGUUGGUGGGGUUUCAGGGGUAGUUGCGGGAACUGGGGGAGACUUGGCUGGGUUCCGCCACCAUGAGAAGAAUGGUGGGGUGGUGCUGUUUCCUCCUGGGGGCGGCUGCGUUGGUGGCAGUAUGCUACUAGACCGGGAGAGGCCACAGCCAGCCCCCUGCACAGUGGGAUUCGUAGACUGUCUCUAUGGCACAGUGCCCAAAUUAAAGGAACUGCACGUGCACCCUCCUGGCAUGCAAUACCCAGACUUACAGCAGGAUGCCAGGCUCAAAGAAACCCUUCUCUUCUCGGCUGGAAAGGGCUUCACAGACCACCAAACCCAAAAAAGUGAUUACCUCGAGUUAAGGGCCAAACUUCAAACCAAGCCGGAUUACCUCGAAGUUCUGGAGAAAACAACAUAUAGGUUCUAACAGGAAAAAAAAAA